GUCCGGGCCAGAGAAGGCGGGGCGGGAUCCUCAGGGGAGCUUGACCCUUGACACCCUAUUUUUGGAAAAACAUCCUUUUCCCUACUUCUUCAACUCCUGCGGAGAGAACGGAAGUCAACAUUGAACACUCGCUCCGCGACAGUAACCAGGGCGGUCGUUAAGAGGAGAGGAGACAGCCGCUUAAACCUUUCUGCAGUCUGCGCCACAGAGAUCCCUUUUUUGGAGGGAUGACUCGCGAUGAAGAUGAGGAUGAUGAGGAAGAAGAAGGAGUCACGUGGGGCCGUGGGAGCUCGAGGUUUGAGGGUCCCCAGCCCCCCGAGGAAUUUGGCUUCGGCUUCAGCUUCAGCCCAGGAGGAGGGAUGCGUUUCCACGAUAACUUCGGCUUUGAUGACCUAGUACGGGAUUUCAAUAACAUCUUCAGCGAGAUGGGGGCCUGGACCUUGCCUUCCCGCCCUCCUGAACUUCCAGGUCCUGAGUCAGAGACAUCUGGUGAGAGACGGCAGGAAGGACAGACGCUUCGGGACUCAAUGCUUAAGUAUCCAGAUAGUCACCAGCCUAGGAUCUUUCGUGGGGCCUUGGAGAGUGAUACAAGAACUGAUUCCUCCAAACCAGCACCAGGCUGGGGCUCCCAGAGACCUUUUCAUAGGUUUGAUGAUACGUGGCCUGUGACCCCCCAUUCUAGAGCCAGAGAGGACAAUGAUCUUGAUACCCAGGUUUCCGAAGAGGGCCUUGGCCCAGUUCUGCAGCCCCAGCCCAAAUCCUAUUUCAAGAGCGUCUCUGUGACUAAGAUCACUAAGCCAGAUGGGACAGUAGAGGAGCGCCGGACUGUGGUGGACAGUGAGGGCCGGAAAGAGACCACAGUAACCCAUCAAGAAGCAGGUGGCUCUCCUAGGGAUGGUCCAGAAUCACCAACACCUCCAUCCCUGGAUGAUGCCUUUUCCAUCCUGGAUUUGUUCCUAGGACGUUGGUUCGGGUCCCGGUAGCCUUGUUAAUCCUCAGAGGCCUUUAGGUUCUUUCUGCCUCCCACCCUUUGCUCACCAGCAAUGAGCUUAGUUCUCCUGCCACGUCAGCACCUUGGGUGUGUGGAACAGUGAAUUGGGGGUAUGUCAGUAUGUCACUCACCCAGACUGACCAAUAAAACCUUUAUUUAUGCUAA